AUGUCCUACGUUAAACAAAGCGAAGCUCUGGUCCGUGUCAAAUGCCAGUUAUUUAUCUACCAACUAUGCAUGAGGACAGGUUUUCGAGGAAUGUUCAUUACUCGUCGAGCCAACUUUUGUUCCAUACCACCCAUAUGCCGUUUUUGUGGCCAUGCCAUCGCCACACGAGAUCAGUUCUUUUGUGUUGAAUGUCUUCGUAUGGUAAUCGACUUUGCGGAUGUUAUCUUGAGCGAUGCCCUCACUCGGAAUGGAGCACAGCGGCUUUGCAGCAAAUGUCGCGCCGUUCUGAAAACAUCUCUCGUCCCAAAACUCAUUAGAGGCUGCAUUCAAACAUUGCUUAGAGACUUCGAAUUAAUGGAAAACGAAGGCCGUGACAUGUCGACCUAUCUGGUAUUGAUGAGUUCUGUUGAGAGUGUUAUGGAGCUUGUGGUGGAAAGUAAAGACAUUACCGAACAAGUCGAAAAAAUGCUUGGAAGUUGUCGAAACUUGGCUAUGGUUUUACCAGAAUGCGACCGAGAGACCGAGGAAAAUGGAGCGAAGGAUGGAGCAGAAGGCGUAAAAGAGACUCGAGAAAAUGUUUUUGCAAAGGAAGAACAAGGCGAAAAAGAAAUUAGAGAUAAAUUUUCCGCUGAGCAUCGAGAAGAAGUUGAAAAAAUUGCCACGCAGGGAGAUUUCGCUAAAGAUGGAGAAGCAGAUGAGAUUUCAACCAAAGAUGGAGAGGACGGGGUAGAAGAGAUAGUAGGGAUUUUUGCCUUUGAGGAUGGCGAAGAAGAUGAAGAGGUCGCGAAGGAUGGAGAAGGAGAUGGAGAUGGAGAAGAGACCGGAAAAAGGCUCGCAGGGAAUGCUUCCACUUUGAAGUUCGGAGGAGGCAAAAAAGCCACAGCAGGGAAUGUUCUUCGCGCUAUGGAUGGAUUAUGGAUUAUCACAGAAAAUGUAUUCGCUAAGUAUGGAGAAGAGGGCGAAGAAUUGGCCGUCGAUAAUGUCCCUAAGGAUGGGGAAGGAAGCGGAAAAGGGAUGGGUGAUUAUAUUUCCGUUAAGGAUGAAAAUGAAGCAGAGGGAGCUACCGCAGAGCAUAUUUUCGAGCAGGAUGAAGGAGACGAUGAAAAUAUGAUGGGAGAUUAUGUUUUCGGUAAGUAUAUACAUAUUUAG